AUGGCUUUCAGUUAUGCGGCGAAAAGACAGGUGAAUUCAUCUCAGAUUCACUCAAUACCACCUAAUGGAGAAGAGAGAUUCAAGAAUCCUUUUGAGACCCCUCGGCAACGUGAUGGGCAGGAGGUUUUGAAGCAAAAUGGAAGAAGGGCAGGUGAAGUUGGCGGCAAAUUUAGGAGGAUGGAGGUGGGUCAGCUUGCAGAAACAGAGAAUAUAGCAACAGUAAAUUUAAGAAAUGAGGUGUCUAGGAGCUUGCUGGGCUCAUCUAAAAGGUCUAUUUUUGAAAUCUUGAAUGACAUGGAUAUAUAG